AUGACAGUGAAGAGCCACCGGUCGUGGCUGACGAGUGCGAGGUUCGCUCUGAACCAGGUGCUUAUUGUAAUACUGAUCAACGUUCCGACGCUGUCAUUCGGGCUGGCGCUGGGCUGGGUAUCGCUGGCGAGCGGCGAGGCGGACGGCGACGCGGCGGCGGGGCGCGCCGCCGUAGUGGCCGCCGUGACGACGUUCGCGGCCGCGCUGGUCGGCGUGCCGCUGAGCGCGGCCGCGCUCGCCGCCGGCCGCAAGGUGGCACUGCUCGGCACCUCCGCUUGCUUCGUGGUAUGCUGGUCACUGAAGCUGGCUGCCGCGUACGGCGCGUGGGGCGCGUGGGGCGCAUGGGCCGUGGCGGCGGCGCGCGUGGCGGCCGGCCUGGGCGGCGCCGCGGCCUGGGCGCUCUCGCCGCUGCUCGCUAAAGAGCCCGAGCCGGCGUCUGACGUAGCGUGGUUGCAGCUGUGCAGCGCGCGCUGCGGCGGCGCCGCGGUGGCGGCGCUGGCGACGGCGCACAACCUCGGCGUGCUGCUCAUGUACCUCGCCGCGGACCUGGCUAUAGGGCAGCGCGCGGUGCUGGCGGGCUGCCUGGCGCUGGCGCUGGCGCACAGCGCCGCGCUCGCGCGCGUGCCCGAGUCGCCCUCCUUCCUGGCGGCGCGCGGCCGCGCGCAGUUUAAGAAAGAGCCUGUACUUGAAAGACAAAAUAUAGUGCAAAAUAAGCGGCUUUGUUUUAACUGUCUCGCGCCCACACAUCCUGUAUUUAAAUGUCAUCAAAAUUCGACAUGUCGAAAAUGUGGCAAAAAGCACCAUACUUUGCUUCAUUUUGAGAAAGAAGAUAAACAAACUUAUCAAAAUUCGAGACAAACUGAGUCAACGAGAGACACAGAACAUAAAUCUAGUGGUGGAAUAAAUUCAUCAUCUAACGAGACAACUGUAUUAGCUAAUUUUUCGAGAGGUGAUGUAAAAACUUAUAGCGUACUAUUAGCAACUGCUGUUGUAAAAUCUAAUAGUUCUAGAAACGGUUCUUCUUAUAUUUUAAGAGCAUUGUUAGACCAAGGCUCUCAAGCCUCUUUUGUGACUGAGGACACCGUACAGUUGUUAGGUCUUAAACGUACUAAUGUAAAUGGUAGGGUGUCAAGCUUGGGAGAUGGUCAUAGUAUGGUUAUAAAAUACGCAGUUAAUAUCGAAGUAGAAUCCCGUCAUGAUCCUGGUAAAAAUAUUCGCGUCUACGCUUAUGUAUUAAAGACAAUUACCUCUAUAUUACCGUCACGUGAAGUAAAUAUCCCCGAUUGGCUAGAGCUAAAAAACUUACCUCUCGCCGAUCCAGGAUUUGCAUCUCCAGGGAAGAUUGAUGUUUUACUCGGUGCAGAAGUAUACGGAGAGAUACUGCUAAAUGGAAUGAAGAGAAGCCCAUACGGAAACCUAAUAGCUCAGAAUACUAUUUUUGGAUGGAUUUUGUCAGGUAAGGUGUCACGAGAAUCUGGUAAUGACAAUGUUGUUACUUUACAUGUUCAAGAGGCGGGCGCGGCGCUGGCGUGGUACCGCGGGUUGCCGCCGGGACACGCUGCACUGGCGGCGCAGCUGGCCGCGCUGCCAGCUGCCGCCGCGCCGCAGCGCGCCUGGAGCCUCGCCGCCGAGAUGCUGAGCGACCCGCGCCGGCGGCGCGCCUUCAUCGUCGGCGCCAUUUGCGUGAUCGGGCAGGAGAUGUGCGGCGUGCUCGCCAUCCUGCAGUACGCCGAGCGCGUGUUCGUGCUCGCGCGGGACGAGCGCGCGCCGCCCGCCCCGGCGCCGCCCGCCCUGGCCGCGCCGCCCGCCCUGGCCGCCGCCGCCGCGGGCGCGGAGCUGGCGUCGCCGGCGCGCUACGCGCUGCUGCUGGGCGUGGUGCAGCUGGUCAUGUCUGUGGUGGCGCUGUACCUGGUAGAGCGGGUCGGCCGACGGCCGCUGAUCAUAUGUUGCGCGACGGUGACGGGCGCGGCGCUGGCGGCGGCCGCGUGGCUGGCGGGCGCGGGCGCGGGCGGCGAGUGGCGCGGGCCGGCGCUGGGUGCGGCCGUGGCGCUGGCGGUGGCGGCGGACGCGGCGGGGCUGCAGCCCGCGCCCUACGCGCUGCUCGCUGACAUGUUCCACUACAAGUACCGCGGCUGCGCGCUGAUGCUGGUGUCGCUGGGCGCGGGCGCGGGCAACGCCCUGGAGGUGGCGCUGUUCCCCGCGGCGGCGGCGGGCGGCCUGCGUGCCGCGCUGGCGCUCGCCGCCGCGCUCACGCUGGCCUACGCCGCCUUCGCCGCCGCCGCGCUGCCCGAGACGCGCGGCCGCCGCCCCGAGGACGUGUACGCCGCGCUCGGCCCCGCGCCCGCCGCCGCGCCGCUCGCCCCCGCCCUGCCCCCGCCGACUGCGAGCGCGCGUGCACCGCGCUGUGAGCGGGCGGUCGGCGCGGUGUCCACUGUGGCC